GGCAGUCAUGGGGCAAAGACCGCUUUAAAGAGUGCUGGUGUGUUGUCGACGCCAAGGACUGGAUAUAAGUUAUUGCUACCAGAAGAAGGGUGCUCAUUCAGUCAAGGCAACGCUCUGAGGUGCUUUCAAAAUCAUACACCGUGCUUCAAUUAUGGUCCACUUGUGGGAAACACAUCGGUCAGGGCCCAAGACUACUCCAAUGUGGUUGACACUUUGGACCGGGCUGGUAGUUGGUCUCGCACCUACUGUUAAGACCUCCAUUUUGGAUUCUCAAGGGACUGGUUCACCUUGUUAUGCUUUGGAUGCGGAGGGAACCCAGGAUCUAAAUCAGCCGCAGAAAUGCAUGCCUGCUUUUGAAAAUGUGGUGUUUGGAAAAAUGGUGGAAGUCCAACCCGCACAAAUGACGUGCGGUUUGCGGAGUCGUACAGAAUAUUGCAUUCAAACCCAUGGGAUCUAUCGAGAAUGCGAUUAUUGCUCGGAUACAGAAGUAGAUCGGCGGCACCCGCCUAACUAUUUGACCGACAUUCACGAGGACUUCAAUCAGACUUGGUGGCAGUCAGUCACUAUGUUGGAAGAUGUUCACACUGUGAAUGUCAAUCUCACAGUGAAUCUGGGAAAGUCCUACGAAAUCACGUACGUGCGGCUGAAGUUCCAUUCCCCGCGUCCAGCCAGUUUUGCAGUUUACAAGAAGAACCGCCCAAAUCCUGCGAUUCCGGAUGAAAACCCUGAUUCAGGAUGGAUUCCUUGGCAGUACUACUCGGACACUUGCCGCGAUACCUAUAAAAUGCCGGAUUCUACGUCCAUCAUUCAACCAAGGGACGGAAAAACCAAAGUCAACGAGGAUCGAGCUCUGUGCACUUCCACUUACUCCGACAUGACUCCACUGACUGGAGGCAAUGUGGCCUUCUCCACAUUGGAAGGUCGGCCAUCUGGCUACAACUUCGAAUACAGUCCUGAGCUUCAAGAGUGGGUCACUGCCACGGAUAUCAGGAUUUCUCUUCAACGCUUGAACACUUUUGGUGACGAAGUAUUUGGUGACCCGAAAGUAUUGCGGUCCUACUACUAUGCAAUCACUGACUACACCGUUGGAGGAAUGUGUCAAUGUCACGGACAUGCUACCCAUUGUGUCAACAGCACCGAUGAUAACAUGGUUACGGGGAGUGUUUGCCUCUGUCAGCAUGGAACAGAUGGACCUAAUUGCGAAACUUGUCUUCAAGAUCAUUGGGACGUUCCAUGGCGGAGUGCCACUUCUCAAAGUGCAAACGAAUGUAAACCAUGUGAUUGUAAUGGUUGGUCCAAUCGAUGCCGCUUUAAUGAGCAAUUGUACCAAGAGCGGGGUCGAGGGGGAGAAUGCCUCGAUUGCGAAGGCAACCGCGAUGGACCUAAUUGCGAGAGGUGCAGAAUUAACCAUUUCUUUUCGCCGAUUCAAGACGCCUUUGGCCGAACCCCUUGCGAAGCCUGCAAUUGUGAUCCCACAGGAUCAAGGAACUUACAAUGUUCCCCGGAGGGCCAAUGUGAGUGCAAACCAGGUGUUACAGGACCGAAAUGCGAUCAAUGCGAAGCCAACUACUGGAACUUCGGCUCCUUGGGGUGCCAAUCAUGUGGAUGUUACCCCGAUGGAAGUGCCAAUAAUAAUCCGAAUUGUGACACCAUGACUGGCGAUUGCUACUGCAAGCAAAACGUUGAGGGACAGAGAUGUGACCGCUGUAAGGCUGGCCAUUUCCACAUUGAUAAAGGCAACGAAUUUGGUUGCACUCCUUGUUUCUGUUACGGUCAUACGUCUGAGUGCGAUCUCAGCGGUGGAUUUACGCAAACCGUAAUUAGGAGUGACUUUUCCCGAAGUAGCGAGGACUGGACCUCAAAGGAAGACCAACAAGAUUUGCCCCUGAAAUACGACGGUAUCAACAAAUACAUCGGAGUUCAAUCCAGUGGAUAUUCGUCAGGCCCGGCUUACUUCCUAGCCCCUCCCGGUUACCUUGGGGAUCAACGGGCCAGUUAUAAUCAGGAUCUCAAGUUUAAGCUUCGAAUCAAUGACGUGGGACCAAGGCCUAGCGUCGAGGAUGUCAUUAUUGAGGGGGGUGGGGCUAAGACAACCAGGAUAACCUUAUCAAUCACAGAUCAAAAUAACCCACAACCUAGCUACGAGAUGCAAGAUUACACGUACAGACUUCAUGAGAAUCCGGAAUUCGGGUGGAGCCCGCGUCUGAGCUCGAAGGACUUCAUGGCCAUUUUAGCCAAUAUCACCGGAGUUAUGAUUCGAGGAACAUAUGUAAACCAUGGAGUGGGAUUCUUAGAUGAAAUUCGACUUGGCUCCGCUCAGAGGGGCGGAUCUGGUUCUCCAGCUACCUGGAUUGAACGAUGUAAUUGUCCAGAAGGCUAUCAAGGUCAAUUCUGUCAGCUCUGUCAACAAGGCUAUCACCAUAACAGUGGAGGACCGUUCGCCAGAUGUAUUCCAUGCAGUUGCAAUGGACAUGCUGAUAUAUGUGACGCAGAAACAGGCGAAUGCGCUUGUCGCGAUAACACAUCGGGCCACAAUUGCGAACGUUGCAAGAAAGGUUACUAUGGUAAUGCACUGGCAGGAAACCCAGACGAUUGUCAGCCGUGUCCUUGCCCAGAUGGAGGUGCUUGUAUGGAGAUUUACGGCAAUCCUGAGAGUCCAAUCUGCAUAGAAUGUCCCAUCGGUCGACGAGGUCCUCGAUGUGAGUUGUGCGAAGAUGGCUAUUUUGGAGACCCUAUGGGUCGUCUGGGACCAGUUCGACCAUGCCUAAAAUGCGAUUGCAACAAUAACGUGGAUUCUAAUGCCAUCGGUAAUUGCAACAGCACCACCGGCGAAUGUCUACGCUGUAUCGACAAUACGGAUGGAUUUAAUUGUGAGCGAUGUAAAUCUGGGUUCUUUGGCGACGCCUUGGCUUUGAAAAAACCGGGCGAUCCACCCAGUUGCCAACCAUGUCAGUGCUACCCGGUGGGCACAAACCAUAAUGAUGAAACUUUCCUUCCAAUUUGCAAUGGCUUCACGGGUGAUUGCAGUUGCAAACCUCACGUAGUGGGGCGGGAUUGCGACAAAUGUGCCGAUGGUUAUUUCAACUUGGAUAGUGGCAUUGGAUGCGAGGCAUGCAAUUGCGACACAAUUGGAUCUUUCAACGCGUCUUGCCAUGUGCAAACUGGACAGUGUCAUUGUCGAGAGGGUGUGACUGGACCACGAUGUGACAUGUGCCUUCCGUAUCAUUUUGGAUUCUCUCAAGACGGAUGCAAACCUUGCGAUUGCGAUCCAACUGGAUCGACAGAUCUGCAAUGUGACCUUAUUACGGGACAAUGUCCUUGUCGAGACAAGGUGGAAGGUCGACAAUGCGACCGCUGUAUGGAGAAUACUCGCACCAAAGACACAGGAGGGUAUGGGGAAAAGAUUUGUGAGCCUUGCGAUGAUUGCUACAAUUUAAUCGAGGAUGCAACCAAUGAGCAUCGGAGGAACUUGGCUGCCCUGGAUAACUUAUUGCAACAAAUCGCUGAAAACCCAGAGCCGGUCGGCGGAGACUUUGAAUACCAGUUGAGACAACUUCAAGUCACCGUAAAAUCUACGUUGGCCGAUGCUCGGAUCAAUUCCCAAAAUGAAGAAGGGGGCACUUUGAGAGACAGAUUAGAAAACCUUCGCAUCAAACUAGAAAAAGUCAUCAACUUGAUCAUGGAAGCCGACCAAGAGGUCCAAGAUGCCAAAAAUCAAGGGUCUGAAGCACAAAGAGACAUGAUGAUGGCCAAAGACAUAGUCGAAAGAGCUCGAGAGGGUCUUAAGUUAGCUCAACGUCAAUUAGAUACUCAGGGACAAGAAGCCUUGCGCCGAGCUCAAGAGCGAUCGAAGAAGUUCGGAGAGGAGAGCGAAAAGAUGACCGCCAUCGCACGAGAAGCGAGAACAUUGGCAGACGGCCAAGUUGAAGACGCCAAUGAAAUAUCCAGCAUUGCCAGGCAAGCUUAUGAUAAAUCUACCGAAGCGUAUAACUUAGCCCGGGAUGCUUUGGAACAACAACACCGAACUGCCAAUCAAAUUACGGUUUUGGAGGUUCAGAUCGGGGACAUGGGAGACAAACUUCGAACCGUUCAAAGCCUGGCGUCUCAAACUCUACGUGACUCCACCGAGGCAUACAAUGAAGCACUCAACAUUUACCAGCAAGCCAACUCGCUGGAGAUCCCCGAGGUCGACAAUGCGCAACUUGAAGAUCAAACCGUCAAGGUGUCGAAAGAAUCCAAGCGAAUCCAAGAUGACGCCACCAGACUCCUUUACGAGAACGGUCAAUUACUAACCGAAGCUCAAGAUAGGCGUGUUCAGUUGGAGGAUCUCCUUCGACGUGCCGAUGCUCAACAACGGCAAAUUGAUGAACAAUUGGCAGAAAUUGACAGUCAUCGGGCGCGGGCACUGGAUUCUGUUAAGACUGGGAACAACGUCUUAAAGGAUGCUCAAAACACUCUCAAAACUCUGAAAGGUUUUGAAAGUGAAGUGAGCGAAAAUGAGGAAACGGCCAGGGCAGCAAUGGAAAACAUUAACGAUAUUGAGAACAUGAUCAGAGAAGCCGAAGAAAAAACAGCCAAAGCCAGGAACGAUAUGGUUGGAGCUGACAUUUCGGCCAAAUUAGCUCUAAACGUCGCCACUGAUGCCCAAAAUAUUGCGGGCGAAGCUUCCGAGAGGGCGGCCAACAUUAGCUCUCAGUCGGAAAUCACUUUGGAACAAGCAAAUGGAUUGGCAGAUUCUGCUCGAUCUCUAGCUACUAAGUUGGCUGAAACCAAAGAAGUUGUGGAAAGCAAAGAAGAGAUCGCCACUGAGGACGAACAAGCGGCAAUUUUGGCUCUGUCCAAAGCUAAUGAAGCUCAGCAAAAAGCUGCCCGUGCUAAUCAAAAGCUAGCCCAAGCCAAGAAAGAGCUCGAAGAAAUUGCAGCUAUUCUUUCAAGAGUUGUGGAACCUGAGCCAGGGCUAUUGGAAGAGCUUGCUCGAAGAGUUGAAGAAGCGGAGGAGCAAUUCCAAGCCGAGGAUCUUGAUCAAAGAUUAAAGGAUUUGGUUUCUGCUAAACAGAGACAGACGGCCUCAGUUCGAGACCUGGAAAGAGAGCUCAACUAUUUACGCGAGGAAUCGGAAAACAUCCAAGCUAUUCGGGAUUCACUUCCAGAUUUUUGCCCCAAAUCCAACGAACUCUGCUUGGAAGACCAAUGUUGAAACUGAUGUUAUGUAUAAGUACGAACCCAGCGUUGUCAACCUAUUUUUAGGACUCUCAAGUUAAAUUUGUGUACAAGAGAACGAGUGAACAAGCUAGGUUAUUUACCUAAAUCGAAAUAAUAUUUUGUCUCGACGCA